ACUCGGUGAAUGACAUUUAGGCAUCUUCUAGCGUGGGCGAAAGUGCAAAUCGGCACUGUUUAAGCAUUGUCCUGACCCGCUCGUGCCGAUUAGUUAAGAUCGAAUUGGUGGGAAAUCGCCAGUCAGCGCCUGUUUCUCGUUGGUACGCCAAGACUUUCCGUUGGCUCUUGCGGGGUUUGAUUUUCACGGUAAUCCUUCUUUGUGGAAGACAAGCGAGAAGUUCUCCAUGAACCAAUGUCCAAUGGAACCGAUUACUUAGGAUCCCUGUUCGGCGCACCAACCUCAUCGCAACCCUGGUGCUCACGCGAUAAGGCUAUUUCGCUUCGUCCAUUAAGUAUGUCAAUUCCCUUUCAUAUCCCAACUUCGUGUUCUCCUCCCCAACCUGUUUCCCUUGUUGUCCCUGUCAUCCGGUAGGCCCGUACUCGGGCAAUGACUACUGCCAUGGAUGAAAGUCUCCCGGGCACGCUCCGUCUGUUUGACGCGAAUGGGAAUCCGCUCGCCACUGAGGGCACUGGCCUGAAAAAACACGGCGAUAUUGUUUUGGUGCCUCAACCAAGCGAAUCGCCAAAUGAUCCGCUCCAAUGGUCUCUGUCGCGGAAAAUCUGGCACAGCUUUCUCGUCUGUUUCGUCACAGCUCUCACCGCCGCAACCUCCAAUGACGCAGGCGCCGCCGAGUACAACGAAAACAUUGAGAUUGGUGUCAGUUAUGGUUCGUUCAACACCGGUGCUGGCGUUCUUUUCUGCGGAAUUGGAUACUGGACUCUUUUGUCCUCCCCACUGGUCUACUUGUACGGCCGGCGCAUCCUGUACCUGAUCUGCAUGUUGUUUGGCUUGAUCGGGGGCAUCUGGUUGGCCAAAACGCAAACGACGGGCGACGCGGUAUUCAACCAGCUCUUCGUGGGAGCAUCCGAAUCGGUGGCCGAAGCGACAGUUCAAUUAUCGUUGAUGGACCUAUGGUUCCAACAUCAGCGUGGUUCAGUAUUGGGUGUUUACGUACUGGCGACCAGCAUUGGAACGUAUCUGGGUCCGCUCAUUGCCAGCUACAUUGCAGACAGUAGCCUAGAUUGGCGAUGGAUCGGUUGGUUUGGAGCCAUUUUCUCUGCUAUGACCUUUUUCCUCUUCCUCUUUGGCCUGGAAGAGACUGCUUUCCGGCGGGACAAGUUUCUGAUCAAUGGUGGUGAACGGUACCUCAUCGACGGUGUCAACAGAGCAAAUAGCCCCCACAUCGAUAAUGGAACCCAAGCAGCCCAAAGAGAAAAGACCCUGGAGCAGCCGCACCAGACGAAUUCUGCCUUGCCGAGUGUGGAGUUAACGACAGGCGCCGAAGAGAGGCCCAAGUCGUAUUGGGAGCGCAUUGCCAUCAUAACUCCUGCACCGAACUUGCGCGGCACCGGCUUCAAACAAUAUUUCCUGCGCCUCUUCCACACGCUUCGCGUUUUCACCUUUCCUGCAGUAUGGUACUCUGGUCUGCAGUGGGGAGCGCAAGACGCAUGGUUGACGUUUUACCUGACCAUUGAGGAAGACAACUGGUACGGACCUCCAUGGAAUUAUAGCGAUGCCGCCGAUGGCAAUAUGAACAUUCCUUGCUUGAUCGGAGCAGUCAUAGGCUGUUUUUACGGUGGUUGGUUCAGUGACAAAUUCGUCUCCUGGAUGGCCAAGCGAAAUGGUGGUGUCUUUGAAGCGGAGCAACGACUGUGGCUUUUGUUCCCUACCGCCUGCAUUUUCCCCGUCGGAAUGUGGUUAUUUGGCAUUGGUACCGCUUACGGCUGGUCUUGGCCCGCGCCUUAUGUUGGGCUGGGAUUUAUUGGUUUUGGCUGGGGUUGUGCAGGUGACUUGAGUAUGGCCUACUUGAUGGAUGCUUAUCCAGAGAUGGUCUUGGAGGGCAUGGUGGGCGUUGCCACGAUCAACAACUCCAUUGCACUUAUCUUUACAUUUACAGCUUCGGAUUGGAUCGAUGCGAGCGGUGUUCGAAAUUGCUUCAUCGCCAUUGGAGUACUGGCAUUUGUAUUCCUGAUGACGACUUUGCCAAUGAUCAUUUGGGGCAAAAAGGCUCGACGCUUUACGAGAGACAGGUAUUUAAGGUUCUUGGAGAUCCGAGAUGGGUUUGAUUGAAGGAGGUUGUGUGACAUUUAUGUUGGCUGAUUUGCGGCUAUGUUGUACAAAUUAGCCAUUCGUGUUAUGUAUAACGUUACAUACUACGCAAGCAGAUACAUUUGUAAUAAUUCCAAGCAGGACA